ACACACACAGAGUCUCACACACCCACACACUACACACCCACACUAUAUAUACACACACCCACCCACUAUAUAUACACACUACACACAGACUCACGCUCUCACUCUGCCCAGCACUGAACGCACGAGGCGAGAGAGGCGACGUCUCAAGAGAAUCUCCACUGCAGUGGGAGAGACGAAGGCGGUGGCGUGACCAUGAGGGCCUCCGCCUCCUCCUCCGCCUCCUCCGCCUCCUGCUCCUCCGCCUCCUCGUCGUCGUCGAGGCGAGGCCGCAAGGGCCUCAAGGCGUGGCUGCUGGAGCAGGUGGACAGCGGCCGCUACCCCGGCCUGCGCUGGGAGGAGGGCACCGGCCAUUCGCUCUUCCGCCUGCCGUGGAAGCACGCGUCCAAGCACGACUACACGGACGCCGACUCGGCCCUCUUCAGGGCGUGGGCGGAACACAAAGGCCGUUUCCGUGCCGGGGUGGACAAGCCCGACCCGCCGGGGUGGAAGACGCGGCUCCGCUGUGCCAUGAACAAGAGCCGCGACUUCAUGGAGGAGGCCACCCGGGGCCAGGCCGACAUCAGUCACCCCUACAAAGUCUACCGCGUGCUCAGUGAGCGCGCCGCGCCCCCCAGGCCGGCCGUGGUGAGCUCACCCUGCAGCUCCCUCGACUCCCACGAGGAGGCCAAGGACACCGACAAUGGCUACCCCCGCCCUGCGAGUAUGCCUCUGUACACGUUGAUGGGACUGGAAGAUUCUUCCAUUCGGAGGAUAGAGGCGGAUGCCAUGGACACCAGUGACGAAGUUGCCUCCCCACCAAUGAUUGGCGGAUCAGCGGAGGACCCGGCCAACAUCGACCAAUUAGAGGAGGAGCUGGGCCCCAAAGCCUCUGCGUUCCGCGUCACGGUGAGCUACCGGGGCCGCCAGCUGCUGUGCUCCACGGUGACCAAUAACAGCGGCUGCCUCAUCACCAGCCACCCCGCCCGCGACCGCGAGCCGGCCAAUGGCAGCGCAGCGCUCGAGGUCAGCCGCACCCACAGCUACGCGCGGCGGGUCGGGGGCUCGGCGUCGCCCGGCGACAGGACGCCGCCCUCCCGUGCGACGCCCACGACGGCCGAUGGCCCCGCCCCUGACUUUGCGGUCCCCGCCGAGGACUCACCGUCGCCGCCUCCUUCGCCACUGCCGUUGUUGUCGCCGUCCAACGACUGCGCCGGUGGUGGUGGUGGCGGUGGUGGUGGUGGCGCCGGUGGUGGUGGUGGUGGCGGUGGUGGCGGUGGCGGCGGCGGUGGCGGUCCCACCACCGUGGCACUGCCGUCCGCGGCAGCGUUCCUGGACGCUCGGCACCGGCAAGCGGCGGCAAAGUUCCUGCCCACGGUGGCGCGCGGAGUGGAACUCUGCUUCCUCACUCGCCGGCAGUACAACAACAACAACAACAACGAACGCAACAGCAACAACAACAGCAGCCGCAGCAGCCGCAAUGGGACAGAACGACGCCACCGCCUCCGCCCACUGCGCCGCCUUCGCAGCCACGACAGAAGAAAUGCGGCGGACGCUGCGAGCGGCGGCGGUGGCGGUGGCGGUGCCGGUGCCGGUGCCGGUGCCGGUGCCGGGCUGUACGUGCGGAGGCUGUGCCGGGGCCGGGUGUUUACCGACGCGGGGCCGGCAGCGCCACGCAAGCUCGAGCGGGGGGAGGUGACGCUCGUCUUCAACCUGGAUGGGUUCGCCCGCGAUCUGCGCCGCUACCUGGAGGGCAGCAGCUGCCUGGCGCCUCCCACAGCGGUGCUGCUCUGCUUUGGGGAGGUCCCAGAAGCCAGCGGAGCUCACAAACAGCUCAUCACUGCACGGAUUGAGCCACUGCUGGCUGUGGAAAGUCUUCACCGGGUCCAGGAUGUCCUGGCCAAGCGUCCACCGCCGCCGCCGUCGUCGCCGCCGCCGCCGCCGUCCGUGCCGCCGCCGCCGCCACCGGGACGUCACCAGGACGACCCCGGCAGCCUGGACACCAUCAUGAAGUUCCUCACCGACGACGACGGCAGCCUCCCCACGCAUGCCCAGCCGCCCUUCUGCAGCGACGGCUUCUUCUACGAUCCCAUUGGCCCAGGGAUAGCCGUGUGACCGACCGAAAUUUCCCGCCGCCUAUUUCCCGCGAUCCCAUUGGUCCAGAGACAGCCGCAUACCGACGUAUGCCUUGUCGAGUGAUCCGAUUGGUCGCCCUGGGACGGGGGCGGGGGGGCGCUGGGGUAGGGGUGGCCGGAUGUGGCAGUGGACAAACACCACCCGUACUGCGCUGGAUUGGCUCAGGUGUGGCAGUGGAAAAAGACCGCCCGUACUGCGCUGGCUUGGCUCAGGUGCGGCAGUGGACAAACACCACCCGUACUGCGCUGGCUUGGCUCAGGUGCGCAGUGGAAAAAGACCGCCCGUACUGCGCUGGCUUGGCUCAGGUGCGGCAGUGGAAAAAGACCGCCCGUACUGCGCUGGCUUGGCUCAGGUGCGGCAUUGGAAAUGAAACGAAUGCUGUAUGUGUGUUCAUUUGAGUGUAUUGUAACAAUGUGACCGGUAUUCCGUAAGAA